AUGCCUCGAAAGCGUUCAUACAUUAAACUCAGUUUCAACAGCCUAUUAUUAUUGACUGCAGCAUUACCAGAUGUUGCUUCCGCCUCAGGCUAUUAUCCACCCUCUCAACAAGUUCCCAUCAUCCCGCCCCAGAUACCUGGGAAUGGAGCCGAAGCUACACCAGACACACAUGAGUUUUCCCUGCGUCACAUCUUCCACCGAGGUACCUAUGAUCAACCCGACCUUCAUGCAAGGCUCGACGUCAAGCCAGACACUCGCCUCCGAGCUGUUUCCGAAGAUGGCUACGAAGAACAAUAUAUUGCAUCAGAGAACAUUUUGCCUGCAUCAUCUAGCCCCCUCACAAUACAACGGUUAGCCGACCGACGACUCCCAGUGAUUCAAGGUCACUUGACAGCUGCGCGGUCUUCCGCCUUUGCGGCCGCUUUGACUCCACUGGAUUGGGUCAUGGACACCGUUCCUGGGCCGAAUAUUACAGACAAGCAGACUGUCCUGACAUUUGCACAAAUGACUGCAAACGACUAUAUUCAAGAACCUGGAACAGGAGAGUGGCACACUAUUCAUGGCCAAUUCAACUAUUCGGGAAGCUUCGGUUGGCAAAAGGAUGGAUUGAGAGGGCACAUCUAUUCCGAUAAGACAAACAGCACUGUGGUCAUUUCCCUGAAGGGCACUUCACCUGCUCUUUUUGAUGGCGCCGGUACCACAACAAAUGAUAAAGUCAAUGAUAAUCUAUACUUCAGUUGUUGCUGCGGCCAAGGUGGCUCUUAUCUAUGGAGACAAUCAUGCGAUUGCCAGAGUGCUACAUUUACGGCAAAUUUGACAUGCAUUGUCGAGUCUAUGACUGACGAAAACCGUUAUUAUCAGGCAGCGAUCGACCUAUACUCUAACGUUACCGAAAUCUACCCGGAUGCGAAUGUUUGGAUGACCGGUCAUUCGUUAGGUGGUGCAAUGACAAGUCUGGUUGGAUUGACGUUUGGGUUGCCUGUGUUCCAGAAGCAUUACCCGCAGCUCGUCUUGGUCUCCCAAGCCCGCCAGGGUAUGACUCCCCGACUUCCACAGUCGCGAAAGUUCACUGGAGCCUACCACUUUGGUCACACAGCAGACCCAAUUUAUAUGGGAACCUGCAAUGGAAUUAACUCCAUAUGUACAUGGGGUGGCUAUGCGAUGGAGUCAGCAUGCCAUACCGGACAGGUGUGCACCUAUGAUACCGUGGCAGACAAGGGCUGGCGUGUUGGUCUUGGUACCCACAAGAUUGAGAACGUAAUAUCAGAUGUUAUUUUGAAAUACGACAGUGUCCCAUCAUGUGUCGCAGAGGAAGAAUGCUUCGACUGUGAACUCUGGAAGUUCUUCCGAAGCAACGGUUCUGAGGUCACAACUACUACCACUACCAUCACUACCACGUCUGCCACCAGAACUUCUACGUGCAAGACUCCUGGAUGGUGGGGCUGUCUAGAUGAAAGCACAACCGCCACCACUACGACUACCACUACCACUUCGCCGACAAGCACUGCGACUACCACGACAUGCAUGACUCCUGGUUGGUUCGGGUGCAAUGAUCCCACCACAACAGCCACCCCGGCACCCACAGUGACUACCACCUUGCCCACGGUGACUGCGACGACCAGCUGUCACAACCCAGGGUGGUUCGGCUGUCGUGACGAAACGACCACGGUAGCUACAACUACCGCCGACUCUGCGUCGCCCACUUCCGCGAGCUGUCAUAGCCCGGGGAGGGUGUGGGGAUGUUGGGAUGAGUCCACUAACACACCUGCAAUCACAUCGGCGCCCACUUCUACCAGCUAA